ACAAAGAUUAUUUAUCAGAUAGAAUAUUAAUGCGUAAAGAAUGUAACCUACGUUUAACGCUAAAUUCAAUCAGCUAUUUGAAUAAUAAGCAGUAUACGGCUUAUUGAGGAUUUUUUAUAUUUCGUUAAUUAUGCGUUGCAUAUUAUAACUUUGAUAUUUUUGCUAAAGAAAGAUCUAAAACUGAAUCAGAAGUUAAAGUUUGGAAUAUAAAGUUUUCGACCUAAAAUACAGUUUCGAAUCUCACAUUGGACAAUGUCGCAUACUUUAUUUUGUACAUAUAGAAAUUCAUGUAGGCUAUCGAAAACAAGUUUACGUGUUCUAUCUUCAGUCAUACGUUGGACACAGAGCGUUUCACGAACAUCAGAAUUUAUCCCGUAGUGAUCUAAUUAGUUUUACAUCUAUCUAUUUAUUUUUCGAAUUGUGAAAUUUGCUGUAAUAAUGUUUCGUUAUUUGCGUUACAUGUACGAUGAAUACGUUAAACAGCCGUGGAGAAAUAGUGCUUCACUAGAAGAAGAUUCAAGUGAACAAUCCUCGAUAGAUACGUACAUUGUUGAUUACUUGCUGGAACCAUUGAUGAAUUCAUGUCAAAUGGCUCAUUUACGGACACUGAAGCAACCCUAUGUAUAUGAAAAGAUACGUAGUACUUGCGCAGAAAUAGAUUCCCAGUUGCCUCAAAUGAAUAAGAUUAUAGAAUUGAAUGAGAUGAUAGAAUCGGUGAAACAAUUCGAAAUUCUAGCUCUUGCAACAAUUUACUAUAACUUAGGUAUAAUAUAUAAGGACUGCCUAGGACUACAGGAUUUACAAGUUUCUCUAAAUAACUUAUCAAGAUCUCGCGAAUUAUUACGAGGAAACGAGCUCGACUGCAACGCCAUUUUAAUAGCUGUAAAAACAUUAAUUGCAAUGAGCGAAAUACAAGAAACACAACGAUGGUUAAGUGAAGCUGUCAAGUUAUGUUUACAAUAUGUUGCACAGAACAAUGUCCAAUCGAAACCAAAUUACACAUUUUUGGCUGAUGUUUCCGAGGAGGAAGAUCUGAGAAUAACAUUAAGAUUGUUAUAUGAGAGUAUAAUAGAGCGUAUGGAAAUGAUAUAUUCUGCUUCAGGCGAGAUGGAUGAAUGGAUAAAAACCGUACAUGAUUGUUUAAACCACCGGGCAAGAAUUAUCAACCCUCUCUAUGAAGUAUGUGAAUGGUCUAACGUAGCGAUUACGAUAAGUACGUAUUUUACAAACAAGCUGCGCUUUACUGAAGCCAGAAAUUGUCUCGCUGCAGCAGAAUAUAUGGUGGGAAGAAUAGAGGAAGAUUCGUCAUAUAACGCGAAUAAUGAUAAUACUGUCAAGAAUCUAAAAGCAAAAGUUGCAGCUGCAUGGCUUUUAUAUGUAACCGACAUUCUGCGGGAGUCAUAUUUGUACCUACAAACUAGCUCUGUACCAACAAAUCAAGAGACACCUCAAGAGUUACUAUUCUUUACGUCACUGAGUGAACACUUAGCAUAUAUUAAUUACAGAAUUACUGAUUUACGUGUAUCAAAUUUAGAUGAUGCAUAUGCAGUUACUUACUUUGCAGUAGACCAAUAUAAUUUGGCUAGUAUCACUUUCCGUGAACUGGAUAAUACUAUCGACCAUCUCGAUGUAAUUGCUAAAUAUGCUUCGGUAUUUAAAUACCUCGCAUCUUUUACGACCGAUAUACACAUACAAAUACAUAUACAUCACCACCGAACAACGUUCUUACAUGCCAUUUAUAAUGAAUACAAACAGGAGGCGAGUCACGUACCAGAACGUGUAUCUCAUCUUGUAGCCAUUUUAGAGAUAUGGAAAGAUGCGACUCAAACGCUUCUUUUUGUGACAGACAGAAGUGGAAACUUUUGUGGCUUGUAUUUCGCUAUCCAGAAGGAACUUCGAUAUAUUUUAACCACUUUGGAUUCUUACAAGCAAUAGCUAGCAAAUAGCAGUCGUAGAGUUUACUGAGCCCCGCCAAAGAAAACGAUUCAAGUGAACUCUCGAUAGAUACGAACACUGUAUCAUGCUUUCUGGAACCGUUGAAGAAUUCACGUCGACUGGCAAAUUUACGGAAAACGAAGCACCUCUGGCUACGUGAAAAGAUAAGUAGUGAUUGCACAGAAAUAAAUUCCCGGUUGCCUCAAUUGUACGGGAUUAUAGAAGCUGAUGAGCUUCUUGGAUUGACGCGACAGUUCGCUACUAUAGCUCUUGCAACAAUUUACUAUAACUUAGGUAUAAUAUAUAAGGACUGCCUAGGACUACAGGAUUUACAAGUUUCUCUAGAUAGUUUAUCAAGAUCUCGCGAAUUAUUACGAGGAAACGAGCUAGACUGCGACGCCAUUUUAAUAGUUGUAAAAUCAUUAGUUGCAAUGAGCGAAAUACAAGCAACACAACGAUGGUUAAGUGAAGCUGUCAAGUUAUAUUUGCAAUAUAGUAAACGGGACAAUUUCCGAUCGAAACCAAUUUACACAUAUUUGGCUGAUGUUCUCAAGCAGGAUCUGAGAAUAUUAUUAAUAUUGUUAUAUGAAAAAAUAAUAAAGCGUAUGGAAGUGAUAUAUUCUGCUUCAGACGAGAUGGAUGAAUGGAUAAAAACCGUACAUGAUUGUUUAAACAACCGGGUAAGAAUUAUCAAGUCUCUCGAUGAAGCAUGUAAAUGGUCUAAUGCAGCGAUUACGAUAAGUACGUAUUUGAUAAACAAGCUGCGCUUUCACGAAGCCAGAAACUGUCUCGCUGCAGCCGAAUAUAUACUGGACAGCAUCGAGGAAAAUCCGUCAUAUAACGUUAUUCGUUAUACUGUCAAGAAUCUACAAGCAAAAGUUGCUAAUGCGUGGCUUACAUAUACAAACUACAUUUUGCGAGAGUCAUGUUCGUACCUACAAGCUCAACAACAAACAAGCUAUGUACCAAUUCAGAGAGCACCUCAAGAGUUGUUAUUAUUUACAUCACUGAGGGCACGCUUAGGAUAUUUUACUAACAGAAUUACUGAUUCACGUGUGUCAAAUACAUAUGGUGCAGAUAUAGUUACUGACUUUGCAGUAGACCAGUAUAUGGUGGCUUGUACCAUUUUCAGUGCACUGGGCAACGAUGGCGACUAUUUUAUUGCAAUGUCUAAAUGUGCUUUGGUAUUUAAAUACCUCGCAUCUUUUUCGACUGAUAUAGACUUCCAAAUACAAGUGUAUAAGUGCCAAAGGAAGUUUUUUUAUGACAAUUACAGUAAAUACGUACAGAAGGCGAGACUCUUACCAGAAUUUGUAUCUGAUCUUGUAGUCAUUUUAAAGAUGUGGAAAGAUGCGACUCAAAAGUUUCUUUCUGUGAUAGAGGGAAUUGAAGAAUUUCCUAACUUAUAUUCCAUUACACAGAGGACACUUCGAUUUAUUAUAAGCACGUUGGAUGAUUAUGAGCAAAUAGAUAGAGUGAUAGUUAUCUGAGCCCCGCCAGAGACAUAAUGCGACGAUGCAGGAAAUACUGUAAAACCAUUCAAGGAAAUAGAAACGGACGUGCAGAAAUAUGCGAAAAGUAGUCUAGAUUAGUAUAUACUAUAAUUAAGUACGCAUUUUCUCAGAUCAAAUGAGGAAACAGAACAAUUAGCGUGAGACCAUGAUCCAGUUUUCAGUAACGCGGUUGAAUCAAUUCUUAUUACAGUUAAAGAAAACAUUUUUUAGAAAUCAACAAGUUUAUCUGCCAUAACUUUGAUAAAGCAUGUGCAGCAAUAGUAUUUGGUAAUAAAACAUUUGAUAACGUAUAAUAUUCAGAAUAUUAUAUUUUAUGACAUAUAGAAUUUAUAGUACAAUUGUAUAUAACGUAAUAUUAUUUAUAAUGAAUGAAAAUAUUCACAAAAUGAAUUGCGGAAAACAGGAAUUUGUAGAUUUUUGUAGGAUUUAUUCAUCUAAUUGCAAAUAUAUAUAUUUUUAUGUAGAA